AUGUUCGAGCACGAAGCUGCAAGAAACUUUUGCAAGAAAGACUCUUCCGAUCUCGUUUCAUACCAUUCUGGAGGAGAAAGACUGUUUCUUCAAGAAUUGGCGAAGAAAAUGUUUAAAAUAGAAUGCCCCAACACCACGCCAAUGAUGAACUCUGUAUGGUUGCUGACAAAUUUGAAAACACAGUCAACAUGGGCAGAUGGAUCUCCGACGGACUACGAUCCCGAUAUUCCUUCUACACUAUGUUAUUGGGUGAGCCUUAUGUGCAGCGUUCUGUAA